UGAUACAGAAAGUGUUGUAGAUUCUCGAGUUCCAUUCAUUCCGCCAAUUGAGGUUUUGGUGAGGGCAUUAGUUGUUAUAGCAUCUGGUGUAUCCACUAGUACCCCAGAUGUGUGUUUGCAGCUCAUGUUUUGCUCACAUCAUCCACAUAUUGUUGGAACUGGAAAAAAGGACGCUGUUUGGAGGAGGGUGCAAAAAUGUCUGCAUAAGUUCGGCUUUGAUGCGGUUAGCCUUGUUACCCCUAAUGUUGCUGAAUUAUGCAAGGUUUUAUUUGGUUCAAAUGGAUUGACGAGUUCCAACUGUUUUGAGCAAGGAGCAGCUAUAAAUACCUUGUCAACACUGAUGUCUAUUGUACCAGGAGGUAUUUAUGCGCAAUUUGAAAAGCACUUCAUCAGUCUCCCAGAACGUAUUUCACAUGACACUCUAUCAGAAAAUGACAUUCAGAUUUUUCGUACUCCUGAGGGAAUGCUUUCGACAGAGCAAGGUGUCUAUAUUGCGGAGUCUGUUGCCUCCAAAAAUGUGAGGCAAGCCAAAGGACGUUUCAGGCUUUACGAUAACGAUGACAGCUCGGAUAAGGUUAGCUCAAAUUAUUCUACAAGGAGGGAUGUGCCGAAUAAAGAGGUUACUGUUGCUGCAAAAAAAGAUGCUGCAAAAUCAGUGAAGAAAGCUGGCGAUAAGGCAAAAACAGCAAAAGAAGAAGCUCGUGAGUUGCAGCUCAAAGAAGAGAGUUGUAUUCGUGAAAAGAUCAUGUCAAUUCAGCAGAACCUUUCUCUGAUGCUCAAAGCUUUUGGCGAAAUGGCGAUAGCUAAUCCCAUAUUCACACACAGCCAGCUUCCUUCUUCAGUUAAGUUCGUCAAUCCUCUACUGCGGUCCCCAAUUGUUGGUGAUGCUGCCUUUGAGACUCUGGUGAAACUUUCAAAGUGUACUGUCGAUCCCCUCUGCAAUUGGUCUAUCGAGAUUGCAACUGCCUUACGACUGAUUGUCACGGAAGAAUCUAGCGUCUUGUGGGGGUUAUUUCCAUCUAUUGUUGAUGGGGAGGACAGUGGAGAGCCAUCAUUGGGUCUUUUUGAACGUUUAGUCAGUGGCUUAACCAUUUCCUGCAAAUCUGGACCUCUUCCAGUUGAUUCAUUUACAUUUGUUUUUCCGGUGAUCGAGAGGAUAUUGCUGUCUCCCAAGAAGACUGGGCUUCAUGAUGAUGUUCUCAAAAUAUUGUUCUUGCAUAUGGAUCCUAUUUUGCCUCUGCCAAGAAUUCGAAUGCUAUCAGUGUUGUAUCAUGUCCUUGGUGUCGUUCCUGCUUACCAUACAGCUAUUGGCCCUGCACUGAAUGAACUGUGUCUUGGCCUAGGACCAGAUGAAGUAGCACCUGCUUUAUCUGGUAUUUAUGCCAAAGACAUUCAUGUAAGAAUGGCUUGCUUAAAUGCUGUGAAGUGCAUUCCUGCCGUCUCCAAUUGUUCAAUACCUCAAAAUGUUGAAGUUGCUACCAGCCUAUGGCUUGCCUUGCAUGAUACAGAUAAGUCAGUUGCAAAAGUUGCUGAAGAUGUAUGGGAUUGUUACCGUUAUGAAUUUGGAACUGAUUACUCUGGACUCUUUAAGGCACUCUCACAUGUUAAUUAUGGGGUCCGGGUUGCUGCGGCGGAGGCACUUGCAGCUGCUUUGGAUGAAAAUCCUGAUACAAUACAAGAGUCCCUAUCCUCUUUGUUUUCUCUGUAUCUUCGCGAUGUUGGAUCUGGUGAGAACAUGGAUGUCGGCUGGCUUGGCAGACAAGGGGUUGCUCUGGCUUUAAUGUGUGCGGCAGAUGUACUUCGGACGAAAGAUCUUCCUGUUGUGAUGACAUUCCUCAUAUCAAGAGCCCUGGCUGACCCCAACACUGAUGUUCGAGGUAGAAUGGUUGAUGCUGGUAUAACGAUUAUUGACAAGCAUGGAAGAGAUAAUGUGUCCUUGUUAUUUCCCAUAUUUGAGAAUUACUUGAACAAAAAAGCAUCAGAUGAGGGAAAAUACGAUUUGGUUCGUGAAGGUGUGGUUAUAUUCACUGGAGCUCUUGCAAAGCAUUUAUCAAAGGGUGACCCAAAGGUUCAUGCUGUAGUUGAGAAGUUAUUGGAAGUGUUAAACACUCCUUCUGAGGCUGUGCAACGAGCAGUUUCUACCUGCCUUUCUCCAUUGAUGCAAUCAAAGCAGGAAGAAGCAGUGGCUCUUAUUUCAAGGCUGCUCAGUCAGCUAAUGAAGAGUGACAAAUAUGGUGAGCGUCGUGGUGCAGCAUUUGGGUUAGCUGGGGUGGUCCGAGGCUUUGGAAUAUCCUGUAUGAAGAAGUAUAAUAUUGCGACAGCCUUACGAGAUGGUCUAUCAGACAGAAAUUCUGCUAAAAGCCGAGAAGGAGCUUUGCUGGCAUUUGAAUGUUUCUGUGAGAAGCUGGGGAGAUUAUUUGAACCAUAUGUGAUUCAAAUGUUACCCUUACUUCUGGUAUCCUUCUCUGAUCAAGUGGUUGCUGUUCGAGAAGCAGCUGAGGGUGCUGCUCGUGCUAUGAUGUCGCAACUUAGUGCUCAAGGAGUCAAACUUGUUCUCCCAUCCCUUUUAAAGGGCCUCGAAGAUAAAGCUUGGAGAACAAAGCAGAGCAGCGUACAGCUACUAGGUGCUAUGGCUUACUGUGCCCCACAGCAACUGUCUCAGUGUCUUCCUAAGAUUGUGCCAAAAUUGACUGAGGUCCUCACGGAUACUCACCCCAAAGUUCAGUCAGCUGGGCAAACAGCCCUCCAGCAGGUUGGAAGUGUGAUAAAAAAUCCGGAAAUAUCUGCCCUUGUUCCCACUCUUUUAAUGGGUCUCACUGAUCCCAAUGAUUAUACAAAGUAUUCUCUUGAUAUUCUUCUCCAGACGACCUUCAUUAAUUCUGUAGAUGCUCCUUCUCUUGCACUCUUGGUGCCCAUUGUCCACAGAGGGCUUAGGGAACGGAGUGCUGAAACAAAGAAAAAAGCUGCACAAAUAGUUGGAAACAUGUGUUCUUUAGUUACAGAGGCAAAAGAUAUGAUUCCUUACAUAGGUUUGCUUCUCCCUGAAGUUAAAAAGGUGCUGGUUGAUCCAAUUCCUGAAGUUAGAUCAGUUGCUGCAAAGGCUCUUGGUUCUCUUAUUAGAGGAAUGGGAGAAGAUAACUUUCCUGAGCUAGUUCCCUGGUUAUUGGAUACUCUGAAGUCUGAUGGUGGUAAUGUCGAGCGCUCUGGAGCUGCUCAAGGGCUCAGUGAGGUAUUGGCUGCACUCGGAACACAAUAUUUUGAGGACAUACUUCCUGAUAUUCUUCGUAACUGUUCUCACCCAAAAGCUUCAGUUCGAGAUGGUUACUUAACCCUUAUCAAGUAUCUUCCAAGAUCUUUAGGUGUUCAGUUCCAGAAGUAUUUGCAACAGGUUUUGCCUGCUAUUUUAGAUGGUCUUGCUGAUGAGAAUGAGUCUGUACGAGAUGCGGCACUUAGUGCUGGGCAUGUCCUAGUCAAGCAUUACGCUACUACAUCCUUGCCACUGCUCCUUCCUGCUGUGGAGGAUGGUAUAUUCAAUGAUAGUUGGCGUAUUCGACAGAGUUCUGUGGAGUUAUUAGGCGAUCUUUUGUUUAAGGUUGCUGGUACCUCCGGAAAAGCACUUCUGGAAGGCGGCAGUGAUGAUGAGGGUUCUAGCACUGAAGCGCAUGGACGGGCUAUUAUUGAAGUACUCGGAAAAGAUAAACGUAAUGAAGUUCUUGCUGCAUUAUAUAUGGUUCGUACUGAUGUCAGCCUAGUUGUUCGCCAGGCUGCAUUGCAUGUGUGGAAAACAAUUGUUGCAAACACUCCAAAAACUCUGAAGGAAAUAAUGCCAGUUUUAAUGAACACUUUAAUAAGUUCUCUGGCUUCAUCAUCUUCAGAGAGGAGACAGGUUGCUGGACGAUCAUUAGGGGAGCUUGUCCGGAAGCUUGGUGAAAGAGUGCUUCCUUUAAUUGUUCCGAUACUAUCAAAGGGUCUUAGUGACCCAGAUCCCGGCAGAAGACAAGGUGUAUGCAUUGGUCUGAGUGAAGUUAUGGCUAGUGCUGGCAAGAGUCAGUUGCUGACUUUCAUGGAUGAGCUCAUCCCAACAAUACGGACUGCUCUUUGUGAUAGUACACCUGAGGUUCGUGAGUCUGCAGGUUUAGCAUUCAGUACCCUGUACAAGAAUGCUGGCUUGCAAGCAAUUGAUGAAAUUGUUCCCACACUUCUUCAUGCUCUAGAAGAUGAACAAACUUCUGAUACUGCUCUUGAUGGUCUAAAACAAAUCUUGAGUGUCAGGACCACUGCUGUGCUACCUCAUAUUCUUCCAAAGCUUGUUCAUCUUCCCAUGUCUGCUUUCAAUGCACACGCUUUGGGAGCUCUGGCUGAGGUUGCAGGACCCGGUCUCAAUUUCCAUCUUGGUACAGUACUCCCACCUUUACUUGCUGCAAUGGGUGAUGCUGAUGUGGAUGUUCAAAGGUUAGCAACCAAGUCAGCAGAAACAGUUGUCUUGGUUAUUGACGAGGAAGGCAUUGAGUCUUUGACUUCGGAGCUUCUAAAAGGCACUGCAGAUAACCAGGCUUCUAUAAGAAGAAGUUCCUCGUAUCUGAUUGGGUACCUCUUCCAAAAUAGCAAAUUAUAUCUGGUUGAUGAAGCACCAAACAUGAUCUCUACCUUGAUUAUUUUGCUUAGUGACCCAGAUCCUGCAACAGUCCUGGUUGCUUGGGAAGCUUUGUUGAGGGUUGUAAGCUCAGUGCCUAAAGAGGUUCUUCCUUCAUAUAUGAAACUAGUUCGGGAUGCAAUAUCUACAUCUAGAGAUAAAGAACGGAGAAAGAAAAAAGGUGGACCAGUUGUGAUACCUGGGUUCUGUCUCCCAAAGGCACUUCAACCUGUGUUGCCUAUCUUUCUCCAGGGUCUUAUAAGUGGAUCAGCUGAACUAAGAGAACAGGCAGCUUUGGGUCUUGGUGAAUUAAUUGAAGUAACAAAUGAAAAAGCCCUGAAAGAAUUUGUCAUUCCUAUUACAGGCCCAUUGAUUCGCAUCAUAGGGGACAGGUUCCCUUGGCAAGUGAAGAGUGCUAUUCUCUCGACUUUGAGCAUCAUGAUACAGAAGGGAGGGAUUUCUCUAAAGCCCUUUCUUCCCCAACUUCAAACAACUUUUGUCAAGUGCCUACAGGAUAAUACUAGGACUGUCCGUUCAAGUGCUGCAUUUGCUCUUGGGAAGCUUAGUGUUUUGAGUACUAGAAUUGAUCCACUAGUUGGUGAUCUUUUAUCUGCUCUGCAGGCAUCAGAUAUUGCCGUACGGGAAGCAAUAUUGACGGCCCUGAAAGGUGUGAUAAAGAAUGCUGGAAAAGGUCUAAGUAGUGUUGUUAUAACACGUGUCCACACUCAGCUAAAAGAUUUGCUAUACAGCGAAGAUGAGCCAAUACGGAUUUCCGCAUCUGGCAUCUUGGGGAUCUUACUGCAGUAUUUGGAAUGUGCUCAAAUUUCUGAAGUACUCAUGGGAGUCGCUGAUUCAGCCACAUCUUCUACUUGGACUACAAGGCAUGGGGCUGCUCUUUGCAUUUCAUCCAUGCUUAGACAUAAUGCUCCAAUAGUCUGUACCUCUCCAUUGUUUACAAGUACUGUUGAUUGUCUGAAAAGUUCAUUGAAGGAUGAAAAGUUCCCAGUUCGUGAAUCAUCAGUUCGUGCUUUGGGAAGGCUUCUUCUAUAUCAAGUCCAGGAAGAUCCCUCAAAUAACACGGCACAUGUUGGAACUUUGAACUAUUUGGUGUCGGCUUUGGAGGAUGAUUCAAGUGAAGUCCGAAGAAGAGCAUUAAGUGUUUUGAAGGCAGUUGCCAAAGCUAAUCCGCAGUGGAUCAUAGGUCAUAUUUCAAUAUUUGGACCCUCACUUGCUGAGUGCUUAAAGGAUGGAUCUCAACCUGUUAGGCUAGCUGCAGAAAGAUGUGCUCUGCACAGCUUUCAGUUGUCAAGGGGUGCAGAAAAUAUUCAAGCUGCCCAAAAGUACAUCACUGGUUUGGAUGCUAGAAGAAUAUCGAAACUCCCUGAACACAGUGAUGAUAGUGACAACAGUGAAGAAUGA